CAAUUCAGAGCCCGCGCUGCACAGGCCAGCUCAGAUGCGAAGCGCGAGAAGAAGAGCGCCCAUUAAUUAAACUUCAUUUGACAAACAACACUACGACGACGACGACGACGAAGACGGACUCUCUAUUGCCAUGGGUCCUGCUGCCUUGCUCGUAGUCCUGGCAGCGGCCGCGGCGGUUGCGCAGGCGCUGGAUCCGUCAUUGCUUUGGGGCACUUUCCGGCCACAGAUCUACUUUGGUCUUCGCACGUCCAUGCCCCGUUCCAUCCUCUCUGGUCUCCUCUGGUUUGAGCCAAGCUCGCCGAAGGGCUUGGUCAGUGCCAGGCACGACUGCAGCGACGACCACAACAUGAAUGGCUACGGGUGGAAGUACCACGAUGGAAGGACCUUUGGCGUCCAGGAGAUCAAGGACGUCGAGUUCAAUUACCUCAUCGAGACGAGCUGGCUCAAGACGGGCAACGGCAGCUGGGCAGCAAGAAUAAAGGGCUCCGUGCUCGAUUCGCGAAGACCAGCUGCUAUCUCGCCCAUUUACUAUUUCUCGCUCGAGGACGAGAAGGCGUACUUUGAACCUACGUUUGAAGAUGGAUCUUACGAGGAUGGUAUCCCUCAAGGCGAAGUCCAGGAUGGACGGCUGUUUCAGGCAACCAUUGAGGAGCCUGUCGGGUCCUUCUCGAUGCGUUUUGAAAACACACCUGGUGCGCCCAACAAGGCGUACCACCCGCCUCCUGGUCAAAAGACAAAGCACGAGACCGAGUUCAGAGAUGCGCGCGACAAGUGGCACUACCUUGGCGUAAAAGUGCCCAGCGAAAUGGUUUGGCGGGGCAAAGACUGGCUUCUCAGCGAUAUCUCGACGUCAUUUAGGGCUGCUAUGAACGAAUACGGGUCGGACCAGAGCAAGCUGCCCUUCGUUGGUGAUCUCAUGACGCUGGCCGACGAGGUCCGGCCUGCUUCCAACUUCAUCGCCGUCCAGAGGACCUUCGCUGGCGACUUUGGCUUUGACGUUUUUUUCGACUCAGAGGCGGACGCUAGAGGAAGCCAUCUCGACGGCAAGGGGCUAACUGUGGCGCUGGAGGCUAGCAAAGAGGCCUACGACGAGCGUCUCAAAACGACGCUGUCGAGGACAUUCAGCGAUGACCUCUACCAGUACGCGCGAUAUCUGACGAGCUCCCUCGUCGGUGGAGUUGGCUACUACUUUGGGCAAAGCAUCGUCGAUCGCUCCUUCUCGAGAUCAUACGAUGUGGCCGUAGGCAGCGGAGCCCUGAACUUGGACGAGGGAGGCCAAGAGGAGCCCGAGCUGACGGACGAGCGCGAGCUGCUGACAGCAACACCCAGCCGCAGCAUGUUUCCUCGUGGCUUCUACUGGGACGAAGGCUUCCAUUUGGCCCACAUUGGCGUCUGGGACAAUGACGUGAGCCUGGAGAUUUUCAAGAGCUGGAUCAAUCUCGUCGAUGAGGAUGGCUGGGUGGCCAGGGAGCAGAUUCUAGGCGAAGAAGCACGGAGCCGGGUGCCCGUGGAGUUUCAGACUCAGUAUCCGCUCUAUGCCAACCCACCUACACUCAUCAUGGCUCUCACGACGUACCUCGACCGCCUCGAUGCCAAGCAUGGCAGUACCAACAUAUUUGCGGCGGACGUCAAGGUCGACCAGACGGUACUGUCCCCCCAGUCGUCCAACUCGUCACGAUACAUUGACGACCCAACCCUUGCGCGCUCCUUUCUCGCUGACAUUUACCCAAAGCUACGCGCCCACUACCUCUGGUUCCGGAGGACGCAGAGGGGCGAGAUCAAGGAAUGGGAUCGCGUCGCUCGAGCCCGAGGGGAGGCUUUCCGGUGGCGAGGACGCACAAAGGACCAUGUCCUCACCUCUGGGCUCGACGACUAUCCGCGCGCUCCAACUCCACAUACUGGCGAGCUGCAUCUCGACUUGAUAUCGUGGAUGGGCUUCUUUGCCGACACCAUGCGCAAAGUGGCCAGCGUCGUGGGCGAGGAAGAUGAUGAGGAGGAGUACGGGCGUCACUAUGACGGCAUUGUCAAGAGUAUUGAUGACCUGCACUGGAACGAAGAAAAGCGAAUGUACUGCGAUGCGGCCGUCGACGAGAACGAUGAAUCGUUCCACGUCUGCCACGCGGGCUACAUUAGCCUCUUCCCCGUCCUGCUCGGUCUCGUUUCUCCAACUAGCCCUCGCCUGGGGCCCGUCCUGGACCUCAUUUCGGAUCCAGAGCACCUCUGGUCUCCCUAUGGCAUUCGUUCUUUGAGCAAAAAAGAUCCAUUCUUCGGCAAAGGCGAAAAUUACUGGCGAGGUCCCAUCUGGGUGCCACUCAACUACAUGGCCCUCAAGGCUCUGACGCAGAAGUAUGCGGCUGAGCCUGGACCGCUGCAAACCAAGGCUGCGAAGAUCUACAGCGAGCUGCGUCAGAAUCUCAUUGACAACACCUUCAAGGAGUACAAACGCACGGGCUUCACAUGGGAGCAGUUCAACCCAGAAACGGGUCUGGGUCAGCGCAGUCAUCCUUUCACUGGCUGGUCCUCGACCAUCGCUCUUAUCAUGGCCGAAAUCUACUAAGGGACUUUGUCUAAUUUUGCAAUUGCCAAGCACUUUGAGGAUUGUUU